AUGUUUACCAACCAACAAGAUCAUAACAACAAGCAACUAUCAAUUAAUCUAAUCAAAUUAAAUCACAAAAGGCCGGCCUUCACAGCUAAUACGCUAAGGGCAUGAACAACAACAACAUCAUAUCCAAAAGACCAUUUCUUAACUCCAAGGUCAAUUCUCAACCUUUUCUCUCUACACUAUUUCAUCUAUCUAUACCUUUAAAGUUUAAACCCAUUUUUCUAGUUUCGUUUUUUGCUUUGAUCUUCAUCCAAAUGUUCAAAAAUCUCUUAAUUACACAUAAUUAACAAGUUCGAAAAACAAUAAUGUUAGCCAAUUACCAUAAAAUCUCCACAAAAUUUUGGCUAAACAAAGUUGUUUUUCUUGUAUGGAUCAUCAUCAUCAUCUUACAAGUUGAGAUUUCUUCCUCGUCCUCGGCCGAAGAUGCUAAGAUCCUCCUCAAAUUCAAGAAAUCCCUCUUGAACACAAAUGCCCUUAACAAUUGGGACACUUCCAUCCCACCUUGUACUAAUAGAACAAGGAAUUGGGUAGGUGUGUUAUGUAAAAAGGGUACAUUGUUUGGUUUACAACUUGAGAAUAUGAACUUAAAGGGUAAUAUUGACAUUAAUUCUCUUCUUCAAUUAUCAAGUUUAAGGACUAUUAGUGUUAUGAAUAACAGUUUUGAAGGUCCAUUGCCGGAGAUUAACAAGCUUACUAGGCUAAGAUCGGCGUAUUUCUCAUACAAUAAUUUUUCCGGCGACAUCAAUGAUGAUGCAUUUGAGGGUAUGGUAGUUUUGAAUAAGGUGCAUUUGGCUAAUAACUCAUUUACAGGAAAUGUGCCAAAAUCUUUGGCUAAUUUGCCAAAGCUUUUAGAGGUGACUUUAGAGAAUAAUGAGUUUUAUGGGGUUGUUCCAAAUUUUAAGUCUACUGGGUUGAAGUUGUUUAAUGUAUCAAACAACUACUUUGAUGGUCAAAUUCCUCGUUUCUUGAGUAACAUGAAUUCUUCUGCAUAUUUGGGGAAUCCAGGCUUGUGUGGACAUCCAUUACCACAAUGUAAACAAUCAAUACAUAAAAACUCCCUUUCAAUGGUACUAAUCAUUGUAAUAACCGUGGCAUUAUUACUAUUCAUGACCGUAAUAUUCAUACUACUAACAAAGUACCGGAGUCCUAAAUACGGCGCCGGUAAGAAAAUCACGGCAAGAGACAUCGAGACGGCACCACACGAGAAGGCGAAGCUGAAGCAAUCGAACGGCCACGACACGUACCCAAACAACCAAGCAAGGGCACUAGAAAGGGCAACAAGUUACAAGAAGAGUGACAAUGGUAAACUUUGUUUCUUAAGAAAUGAUAGACAAAAGUUUGAGAUGCAAGACUUGCUUAAGGCCUCAGCUGAGGUUUUAGGGAGUGGGAGUUUUGGGUCAUCUUAUAAGGCUGCUAUUAUGGGUGGGCCUACUUUUGUGGUUAAGAGGUUUAGGCAAAUGAAUAAUGUUGGAAAAGAAGAGUUUCAAGAGUUGAUUAGGAAACUUGGAAGAUUAAGGCACCCUAAUUUGCUUCCAUUGGUUGCUUUCUUUCAUAAAAGGGAUGAGAAGCUUAUUAUUUCUGAUUUUGUGGAGAAUGGUAGCUUGGCAAGUCAUCUUCAUGGAAGGCACACCCCAGAUCAACCAGGACUAAGAUGGUCAAUGAGGUUGAAAAUAAUAAAGGGAGUAGCAAGAGGCUUAGCAUAUCUCUAUAGGGAACUCCCUGAACUUUCCUUACCACAUGGACACCUUAAAUCAUCCAACGUACUUCUCGACGAAAAAUUCGAACCUCUGUUAUCAGACUACGCUUUCGUACCAUUAAUCAACAAAGAACACGGCGAACAAGUCAUGGCCGCGUACAAGUCACCGGAGUUUACUCAAACUAACGCCGUCACCAAAAAGACAGACGUGUGGUGUCUUGGAAUACUCAUACUAGAAAUCCUCACCGGGAAGUUUCCGGCGAACUACCUAAAACACGGGAAAGGCGGCAACGACGAGUUAGCGAUAUGGGUUGACUCAGUGGUUAAGGAGGAAUGGUCAAGUGAAAUGUUUGACAUGGAAAUGAGGGCAUCAAGAAGUUGUAAAGGUGAAAUGUUGAAGUUGUUGAAGAUUGGAAUGUGGUGUUGUGAAUGGAAUGAAGAUAAGAGAUGGAGUUUAAGAGAUGCUGUUGAGAAAAUUGAGGAAUUGAAAGAAAUGGAUGAUGAUAAUUUAGCUGAUUUUCCUAGUGGGAGAUCUUAUUCUGCUAGAUCUUUCUCUUCUGACAGUUCUUAUUCAAGGAUAGCAUCAAUUACAACUGAACAAGUUGUUUGAUUUUUUUAUUAGGGACUAAUUUAAUUAUUGAAUUAUAUAUAUAAACUAUUUUCUUAAUUAGUCUGGAUUAAACAGUAACGUGACAACUGAAUCCGGAUGGAUGGAUGGAGGAAGUACUUGAUAUUUGAGGUAGUAGUUUGAUUACAAAAUUCAUGUUAGUUUUGCAGCAUACUUGAAUAGUUGGAUGUAAAACAAAAGGAAAUUAAAGGAAUUUAAUUUUACAUUACAAUUU